AUGCUUGUAGAAUUACCUCCAUUACUUGACAAUUUAUUCAAAUUAGAUUCAUGGUUGAAGCCUUACGAGAAUGAAAUUCUUCGGCGAUACCGUGAAUUUAACAACAAAUUAAGUUUUAUUGAGCAACAGUGUGAAGGUCUAGAUAAUUUUACACAAAGUUACAAACAAUAUGGUAUUCAUGUAGAGACUGAUAAUUCUGUUAGUUGCCUUGAGUGGGCGCCUGGAGCUGAAUCAAUGGCCUUAGUCGGUGAUUUUAAUAAUUGGGACACUAAUGCUAAUAUUUACGAGAAUAUUGGUUUUGGCAAAUGGAGUUUGAAAAUAAAGCCAAAAACAGACGGGACUUGCCCUAUAGCGCAUAAUUCUGUGUUAAAAGUGGCAGUAAAAAAGAAUGGGAAGUUUAACUAUAAAUUAUCGCCUUGGGCCAAUUAUGUUACCAAUGACAGCAUUGUUUUUCAUCAACAAUUUUACAAUCCACCGACCAAAUAUUCUAUUAAAACAUCCCAUCCGAAAAAACCCAAGUCUUUACGUAUUUAUGAAGCUCAUGUUGGCAUUUCUGGUAAUGAAGGGAAAAUUAAUUCUUAUCGGGACUUUUCUGAAAAUAUUUUACCACGCAUUGCAAAGCAAGUGAUGGAACAUGCUUAUUACGCUUCUUUUGGCUACCAAGUUACAAGCUUUUUUGCUCCUUCAAGUCGUUUUGGCACUCCUGAUGAACUUAAAAUGCUUGUAGAUCGAGCUCAUCAAUUGGGUUUAAUCGUUUUGUUGGAUGUAGUUCACUCGCAUGCUUCUAAGAACGUUGAGGAUGGUCUUAACCAAUGGGACGGUACUGAUGGUGGUUAUUUCCACAAUAAUGUUAGAGGAUUUCACCAACUUUGGGACUCACGUUUAUUCAAUUAUGCCGAAAUAGAGACAUUGCGCUUCUUACUUUCUAAUUUACGUUGGUGGAUUGACGAGUAUGGCUUUGAUGGUUUUAGAUUUGAUGGGGUUUCAUCUAUGCUUUAUCAUUCUCAUUUAAUUAGUGAUCCUGGGCCUGGAAGUUAUGAUGAUUAUUUUGGAUUAAAUGUUGACACUGAAUCCCUAGUCUAUUUAAUGCUAGCCAAUCAUAUGCUUCAUUCUUAUGAAGUUAGUGGAAUGCCUGCUCUUUGUCGUCCUGUGUCUGAGGGAGGACAAGGAUUUGACUUUCGAUUAGCAAUGGCUAUUCCUGAUUUAUGGAUAAAAAUCUUGAAGCAUGUCAGCGAUGAAGAUUGGCCUAUAGGAGAAAUUGGGCAUAUUGCUUAUGCAGAAUCUCAUGAUCAAGCUUUGGUUGGCGACAAAACUAUCGCUUUUUGGUUAAUGGACAAAGAAAUGUAUGAAAAUAUGUCUUUAAUACAUUCUCAAUUAACUCCUGUUGUCGAUCGAGGAAUUGCACUCCACAAAUUAAUUCGAUUGAUUACUUAUGGUUUGGGAGGCGAGGCUUGGCUUAAUUUUAUGGGUAAUGAAUUUGGCCAUCCAGAAUGGUUGGAUUUUCCUCGCCAUGGAAAUAAUCAAUCGUAUCAUUAUUGUCGGCGACAAUGGAAUUUAGCUGAUGAUGAUAAUUUACGCUACAAAUUUUUAAAUGAUUGGGACCGUGCAAUGAAUCAACUUGAAAAUAAUUUUGGAUUUCUUAGCAAAGGGCCGGGGUAUGUUUCUUGGAAGCAUGAUGUGGAUAAAAUAAUUGCUUUUGAGCGUGCUGGUCUUUUGUUUAUAUUUAAUUUUCAUCCGACAAAAAGUUUUAGUGACUAUAAAUUUGGAAUUGAAAAGGCAGGAGUUUAUCAAUUGGCAUUAAACAGUGAUAAUGAGAAGUUCGGUGGACAUAAUCGUUUAAAAGAAGAUCAAGAAUAUCAUACUUUUGCAGAAGGUUAUGCCGGUCGACAAAAUCAUCUUUUUGCCUAUAUACCUUCAAGAGUAGCUAUUGUUUUGAAGAAAAAAGAAUGA